GAUAAUGAAUGAUGGGCGUGGAGCAUACGGCGAUAUCUCCUUUGGCUAAACAAUGAGCCCGUGAAGUAAGUCCAGACCAACACGAUGGAUUGCCAGAAGAUUGUUGUGACGAUGAGGCGAAGUCUUCCCGUCUUUGUCACUCGAGAUCGCAUUCGCACCCUUUGUGGAUGCUUUGAUGAAUUCGUAGGAGGGGUAACCGACAUGAACUGUGCCAAAAUCCCAACUGCAUCGCUUCCAUCGAGCCACCAGCCCAUUCUAAAACAUUUGUUUGCUUCUCGACAUUCUAGAACUCCUUGCACUUGACGCAUAAAGUUUUCGGCAUCCUUGUCAUUCCGGAGCAUUUCCCGUGGCUGGUGUCGAUAGGGAUUCACUUCGAUCUCCAUAACAUCGCGACUAACCAUGGGAUCGCUCGUCGAGCGGUCUCUCUAGACUUCAAGCUAGACCACGGCCUUGCUCAAAUAAAAUUAGUUCCCAUGCACUGAUGGGUCAAGUUCUCUAUUGCACAGCAUUUCUUUUCUACACGCCAACCAAGCGUUUAGAGAUGGACACUUUCAAUCUUCACUCUUCUGUUUGCUAGGAUACAACAUGCUGAACGAUGUCCAACAUAGAUACAGUACCUUCCAAGUCGGUGGUUUACCCAUCGGUUGAAGAGUUUCAAGUCGAACGGAUAUUUCCCAUUCGAAAUCUUGUCAAUGGGAAAGGUGUCGAUACCGAAUCAACCUCGCCGAACACCGACGAUGUUUCUUCGUCAAAUUCAAGCUGUCGAGGUCCUACUUCGGCUCGAGAGCCUUACGAUAAAGAUGACAUUUUGAAUGACAGCCAUUCCGAUGGCUCGAGCGAAACGAACUUUCUACCACCGCCCUACCCACCAAUACCUCCAGAUGACCAAAUUCGCAGAUUACCUAAAUCUCCGAAACAUGAUUAUUCAACAGAAGUUGGCGGUGGUGAAGGCUCGUCCGAGUAUGAAGCCCGGAAGAUAUCGCAGCGUUCACAAUUAAUCCCUUCGAAAUCGGGGCCUCCAGGUAUAGCCCCGGGCGAGCCUGUGAGCACUGAGGAGCGGACAUUUUUCAAGUGUGAAGAUGAACCUAUACACAUCCCAGGAGCAAUUCAACAGUAUGGCGCAUUAAUAGCCUUAAGAUACAACGAUCAAGGAGAUCUCAUGGUUCGGAUUGCCAGCGAGAAUGCGUUCAAAAUAUUGAAAUAUACCCCAGAACAACUUUUCUCUUUGAAUUCGUUCCUUGAUCUUCUUGGCGUCGACGUCCGCGAAGAUUUUAUCGCACGAGUGGAUCAUGCUCUUCGAGCUGUCACCAAAAAUCCAUCUGCCGAUACAAAGCUGGAUAUUUUCUCCAUGUCAGUUGUUGCACACACAGGUUUGGUAAAUCUUUGGUGCGCAAUUCAUAUAUCGAAAGGCACUGAUGAUUUGAUCAUCUGCGAAUUCGAACCAUUUUCUGAUGAAAUGUUUUUUCCUGAUGAACCUCAUAAUACCAAGAACGAUUUACCCAAAUUUCCAACGCGGACCAUCGACAAUGACACAGUACUUGAAGAGCGACUAAAAAGUAUCUCCAGUGGAAGCCAACCGCUUCGUGUCCUGCAGAUUGCCAAGCGGAAGGGUAGGCAUGCUGUUGGUUCUCUGGAAGUGUUCAAUGCUAUGACACAAGCACAAGAACAACUUGCUGCCUGUACUUCCGUUCAAAAGCUUCAAGACGUCUUGGUGGGCCUUAUAUUUGACUUGACGGGCUUUCAUCGAGUUAUGUUCUAUCGAUUUGAUUCUGCCAAAAAUGGAUGUGUCGAGGCUGAAUUGCUCAACCCCAAAGCUAGCGAUGAUAUAUUUAGAGGACUGCAUUUUCCAGCUUCGGAUAUCCCUAAGCAAGCUCUGGACUUGUACAAGAUUAACAGGAUCCGAAUGCUUCAUGACCGAGAUGAAGAGACCGCACGACUGGUUUGCCGUCACCAGUCAGAUUUUGAGAAGCCCCUCGAUUUAACACACGCUUAUUUACGCGCCAUGUCGCCACUUCAUUUGAAGUAUCUUUCGAAUAUGGGAGUACGUUCGACGAUGUCAGUUUCCAUUGUAAUCAAUGGCGAUCUAUGGGGCCUUAUUGCAUGCCAUGGAUAUGGCAGUCAUGGCACCCGCGUAACUUUACCCAUGCGCGAACUCGCCAGGAACAUUGGAGAAUGUGCUUCAACAAAUAUUGAGCGAUUGUUGAUGCGUCAACGUAUCGAAGCUCGCAGAGCACCACGUCAGAAUCCAGGAAAGACACCUUCUGGUUUUAUUGCGGCAUCUUCUGAUGACCUACUAAAAGUAUUCGAUGCCGACUUUGGUCUUUUGAAUAUUCAGGAUGAAGCACGAGCUAUUGGAAGACUUCGCCCCUAUCGUGAGGCAUUGUCGAUUCUUGCAUAUUUACAAUCCCGCCAUUUUACAGAAAUAUUCUCUACGCACAACAUCACAAAAGACUUGCCGAAGUUGAAAGAUUCUCCAGCAAUUAAUUCUGUAGCCGGAAUACUCGUCAUACCUCUUAGCACUGGAGGGAAUGAUUUUUUGGUGUUUUUCAGAAGAGGCCAACUUCGCGAAGUCAGAUGGGCAGGUAACCCUUACGAAAAGAUCAAGCCUGCAAAAGGGCAAUAUCUAGAGCCAAGAAGUAGUUUUAGUCGCUGGACACAGACUAUCAAAGGAACUUCUAAGAUAUGGAAUGCUGAUGAUUUUGAGACUGCGUCUGUACUAAGUCUUCUGUAUGGAAGGUUCAUUGAGAUCUGGCGACAGAAAGAAUCAACAGGACUCAAUCGAAUGACUCGCCUUCUACUGAAAAAUACCAGCCAUGAAGUUCGCACCCCUUUGAAUGCUGUUGUCAACUAUCUUGAAAUGGCACUCGAAGACAAAAUCGAAAGUCCAACCCGCGAGUUGUUAGAGAAAGCUCACAGAGCUUCAAGAUCCUUGGUUUAUGUCAUUGAUGACCUCCUAAAGCUUACCAAAGCCGAAACCGGUCCGGUGACUUCCGUGAAAGACGUUUUCGAUCUAUCAGCUACAGUUUCAGAAGUCAUGUCAGCCUUCCAGAAAGAAGCGGUCCGAAAGAAUCUAGAUUUAACGGUCACUAUUCAGCAAGGUAUCCCAGAAAUGGUCAGGGGUGACGCUACCCGAUUGCGACAGGUUAUCUCUAACAUUACAAGCAACGCAUUCCAAAACUCCGUGGUUGGCGGUGUAAAAAUCGACAUCAAACCCAUACAGAUAUGGCCAGCCAGUACUGUUAUCUCUCUCACCGUUCAAGAUGUGGGAAUUGGAAUGUCGGAGUCACAGCUUGAUGAGUUGUUCCAGGAGUUUGAGCAGAUAUUGGAUGAGACUGAUCACUCCACAAUCAAAAAGCCGGCACAACCGCUAAUUGAUGUGAAAGAGACACUUGGUAUCGGCCUUGCUGUAGUUGCGCGAUAUGUUCGUAAUUCUAAUGGUCAAAUUCGAGUACAUAGUGAGGUAGGUAAAGGGACUAUAUUCGGCAUUGAGUUACCUUUCGAACACGCCCCUGCUGCAUCGAAUACCCAAGAAAUUCCAAUCAUUAGUACUGGUAGACAGAUUCGUCCAUUUUCCGAUUCUGGAAGCAAUUAUGAUGAGAGUGAUAAGAUGAAUUCUACUUACACGAUGUCGAAUUUUGGAAGCACUCCGUUAGCGACACCUAUCGAAGAGGGUUCGUCUGCUACUACAUCAUUUUUUGAUCUCGCAAUGCAUUCGAAAGAAGAAUAUGUCGAGCCACCAUCCGUGCGGCGAAGAUCAAGCCUGCCUUUCUUAAAUAUGAUCGAUCUUAUGUCAUCAAAGAAGUCGCUUUCGAUUUUAAUCGCAGAGGAUAAUCCUAUCAACUCAAAGCUUCUGCAUAAAAGACUCAGCAAACUUUCACAUAAACCUGAAAUUACAGCUGAAGGGCAAUCGUGUUACGAUUAUUACACGUCUGGAAACAAUAAGGUUGACGUCAUCUUGAUGGACUUACAAAUGCCACUCGUUGAUGGCACGAAGGCAACGAGAAUGAUACGCAAAUUUGAGAGGGAUAAUCUCGAAUUACAUCAAAUCAGGAGGAGAGUUCCUAUUAUUGCUGCUUCAGCCUCACUUUUAGAGGAACAUCGAUUCGAUUAUAUCGAAGCGGGCUUCGAUGGCUGGAUAAUGAAACCUAUCAAUUUUAGCCGACUAGAAUUUCUUCUACAAGGGUUAAAUAACCCGCAACUCAAACAACGGUCUCUCUAUACUCCAGGGAUGUGGGAAUUGGGUGGAUGGUUUUUCGCUUGAACAUUAUGUUCUUGUUGUACAAAAGUAUUACAGGCGUGGCACACGUUAUUCUGGGAGUUCUAUACAUCUCGUGCUUAUGUAGAACGUCAUAGUUCAAAUUAUGGGUGUUUCGGGCGUUGUUUGAGUGCUACCUGGGAGUCUGACCACGGCACUGUGUUUACUCUACCGGCUGGAGCCAGGGACUAAGAAUGGUUCAGUUUUGCGACUUUGCAACUUUGCCAUAAAGAUGAGUCCUUUAGGUUAAUAAAGGGGUAGAUUACAUGAAUGUAUAAUAUUAAUUUUUGAAUGGCGAAUUCAACUAUGGGGAAACGGAGGCGGGUAUGGAGGGAAAAUAGAUGUGAAGUGACUUAUGGAGCUUAAGCUGGAUGACAUGAUACAGGCUUCGGUUAGGGAUGCCCGACAUGCGAGAUCGAAGAUCAAUGAAACUAUUCUCGAGAUUGGGGGCGAAAUAGGUUUGGGAUUGAACGUGAGAAGAAACAUGACUAGGGUACUAGAAUUCAAAGCUUCUUACGGUCAGUAUAGUUCGAUCUUCGCUGGUGAUAAAUGUGAGGUUGGUGAACGGUGCAUAUACGUCCUCUUUCGGAGAACUUAACAAACGAAUUAAUCCUGAUUCGUUUCCUGGAAUUCUGUAAUGUCUUGAAAUACUAUGUGGGUAGUGGUGGCUUGAUUUGAUGUGGAUUGUGAAUGAAAAAUUCCCA